AUUUCCGGGUUAAUUUUAUAACCUGUAUACAUAACACACCGUGGCGCUCAGUGGUCACAUACUUGUCCACCUGCAGCCGGUCCAUAUAUGUCAACUGCAGUGUUAAUAGCCGCUGUUGUUGGCGGCGGGGUUCUGCUCCUCAUGCGCCGUCUCUUCCCCCGCCGGAAAGUGGUAAAGCUGCUUCAGUAUCCAACUGACACUAUGCGUGGAAAGACUGUGAUUGUGACCGGGGCUAACUGUGGGAUAGGGAUGGCGUUGGCUGGGGAACUGCUGAAGCUCCGCGCCCGGGUCAUCAUGGCCUGCCGGGACCUGAGGAGCGCCGAGGAGGCGGCUCAGGACCUGAAGAAACGCGCGGGGCCAGAGCAAGGGGAGGUGGUCAUUAAGAAUCUAGAUCUUGCUUCCCUUCGAUCUGUCCGGACAUUUUGUGAAGAAAUUAACAAGGAGGAACCGAAGAUUGAUGUGCUGGUUAACAAUGCCGGGGUCUUUCAGUGUCCUUACUCAAAGACAGAAGAUGGUUUUGAGAUGCAGCUAGGAGUGAAUCAUUUGGGCCAUUUCCUCCUCACCCACCUGCUGCUUGAUCUCCUGAAGGCUUCAUCUCCUAGCCGCAUCGUUGUUGUUUCCUCCAAACUCUACAAGUAUGGCAAAAUCAACUUUGAUGACUUGAACAGCGAAAGCAACUACAACAAAGCCGCCUGCUACAGUCAGAGCAAGUUGGCCAACCUGCUGUUCACACUGGAGUUGGCUCAUCAGCUGGAGGGCACGGAGGUGACGGUCAAUGCCCUCACCCCGGGCAUGGUGAGAACCAGAUUGGGCCGGCACGUCCAAAUCCCUCUGCUGGCUAAGCCGCUGUUCCACCUCGGCUCAUGGUUCUUCUUAAAGAGCCCGCUGGAGGGAGCCCAGACACCUCUCUAUCUAGCCUGCAGCCCAGAAGUGAAAGGCGUGUCUGGGAAGUGCUUCGCAAACUGCGAGGAGGAGGAGCUGAUGGCCAAAGCUACAGACCGAGAGGCAGCCAAGAAACUGUGGGACAUAAGCAGGAGGAUGGUUGGACUCACAGAGUGACCAUGAGGCCAGUUCUAUGGACGGGAUUGAUGAGGAAUUAAGUGUUCUUGGAUUCUUUGUUAAUCUAUUUCUGCUUGCAACCAUCAUUGUACAAAAGAUGGGUUGAAAAAAAAAUCCACUUUCCUCCCUGGGGAUGAAAAAUUGAAU